AUGAGACCACCUAACAUUCCUUUGUUCACCGUCCUAUCGGUGCUUCUAAUGCUAUCUUGUCUUCUGGGGAGCGCAGCCGGGCUUGGUCCCCAGCAGCAUCGGGGUGCUCGCAAAGAUGUGCGCGGCAAUACUUUCAUCGAAGCUCGCAAUCCCUUGGGUAACGCUCUCGCUGAUGGUUAUGGUCCACCGCCUCCCUAUUAUACUGGGGAACCAGUUGCUCCAACUGAUUUGACUUCUCAUCACACUCUCGAGGAGUCCACUGCAACAGAAACUCCGACUGGAGCUUCCCAAGCUAGUGUGACAUCUAAGUCAAAUGUUUCUUCUCACUAUGAUACUGUCUCUUCUGGCAGCUCCUCUCUCUCUGUAUCCUCAGCACUCGAGACCGACACUGCCAUGAUAACUGUCGGUUCAAGCGCCAAGGCUGGCAGUACAUCCGGCUCCGAGGCAUCGUCGAGUGUUCACUUAACAGCUUCGGGCUCUUUCCUUGGGACUGAGACUUCUGGUGCUGAAACUUCCUCAAUUUCACCUGGUCAAGUUUCUACUAUUUCGGGUACUAAUUCUUCGUUGACUGGCACUUAUCCCUCUGCGGACACCUCAUCACCCGGGACGGUAACUGCAUUGCCUUCAGGUUCUACCUCAUCUGCCACAGUCUCUGGUUUCUUUAAUGAAACAAAUGCAAUCACUGAGAGUGUCUCACACACACAAACAAUGUCGAGUGCUGAAGCUUCAGGUGAUUUCACUACAACGGAGCUUACUUCUCGCUUCGAGAGUAGCGUAAGAAAGGUUGGGUCGACAACAACGACAACAAAAAUGCUUAAUGUUACAGUGACAGUCGCACCCAGUUCUUUAAUGAGUAUUUCAUCAAGCCUUUCAUCUCUGAAUGUCCCCAUGACUGCAGAUGAAACCACGACAGUCACAGUCAUCCCACAGCAAAACUCAUCUGAACUUUCUACUGGCGGUCUUGCUACUGAUACUGAUUCGGCGGCGCACUCAACAUUGGGCAGUCUGGCCACUGAAUCAACCAAGCCUGUCGCAAUCAGAAGCACUCUGACCGAGGCAGCUAUUUCAGAAUCGACUCAAAAGUCCACCCUGGCUUCGAGCAUUCCUGUCAAUGGAACUGUGAGCUUCACUACUAGUACUACUGCCUACUUCACUACAACAGUUGGAGUUCCUGUCUCAUCUUCUGUUCUGUCAAGUUCAUCUGGCAUUUCAAGACCUACUAUUGUUGCUUCUGAUGACUCGUCGGGGGCUGGAACAGGAGACUCAUCGGCGAUCAUGGCAUCUAUUACCGUUUCUUUUUCCACCACAGUUACCACGAGCAAGACAUACACUGCACUCAACGUCACCUCUCCAGCAACAAGCUCUUCUUUCUCUUCAGUUCCGACCUUCGUGACUAGCGCGAGCGUUGGUGUUUCCGAGUCAAAUGUUGCUACAGCCUCGAACCAAAUGUCUUCGGAGACUCUCUUUGCAUCAACAGCUCUACCCAUCAAUGCGACCUCCGACUCAUUCACCAAGUCCUUCGUUGUGACUACUGUGUCUGAGGGCUCGGUUAUUACUGUCUUCCCAGGCGGUAUCAUUCCAACCGAGAGCGCUUCAAGUAUGAUGAACAACUCUGUUUCUACACAGUAUUCCACAUCUGCCCCUUCGCGCUUCAAUUCGUCAAUGUCCAUCAGACGGACUUCAUUGUCUUCUCAGACAGACUCCUGGUUUGACUGGCCGACUUCGACGCUGACGACUUUGCAUACUUCGGAAGCAACUUUGGAGGUUCCGUCACUUUCUUUUCCAAGCUCUUGGCUCUCGAUCAUUACCACGGCAAUGACGCCUCCCAGUGUGUCUACAACGUCAACUCGAGGCCCAACUGAUGGCUCAGCACUUGGCAACGUAACGGUGAUCAAGACAACAAUGACUUCUACCAUCACUAGCAGUCUCGCACCAACAAGCCUAUCCUCGUCUGGCAAUGUCACAGUGGCCCAUACCACUAGUGGGUACAACUUUUCUAAAAGUGUGGGAUCCAGCAAGAGCGCAUUCAGUUCUCAGUCGACCUCUCUCGACAGCUUUUCUGGUAUCAGUACCGUCAUCAUAUCUAAGCAGCCUACCAACUUCCCCUUUCCAACCAACACAAGCUUGGUUCGGCAGUCAGAAACAUCUUCAAUGUCACUCUCUGAAUCUAUCAAAACCACCGGCCCCAAAGGCAGUGAUGCUACAUUCUCUGUGACAACAGCUGGGUUCAAUAGCACUGCUCCUUAUACCAACUCGACUACCAUUACGGCCAGUGAAACAUAUCCUUCAAGUAAUGGGGAUGGGUCGCCGUCUAUAAUUACUUCAGGGGCCUCUGCGUCGUGGAACACGACUAACAGCGCUCAGAGGUUCACCAACUCAACUAUCCAGACAGCAGUUACCGCUGCCCACACUGGCUCUGAUCUAGUUUCUGGAACUCAAACUUUGAGCGAUACAGCUGCCGUCACUCCUCAACCGCCCGCUUCGCUAAACGUUACACUCACCACGUUCACAGAUGUGAAAGCAACUAUCAUUAUGCCGACUUUCUCGACGACAUCUGAGAGCAAUUCACGCCCAACAGUAUCGACAAGCGCGGCCCCCUUCCCUCUUCCAUCAAACGCCACAUUGACGGGAACUGGCGCUUCCCUUCCACCAAGUGGUACAGGGCCUCGAAUCACCAUUACCGGAACCUUGGGAGACUUUUCAACCUCCAGUGUGACCAUUUCACCAUCGGUCGGGACAACCUAUCACACUGCGAACACCACAGUGGCUGGCACCACGACUGAUACUUCGACGUCUGCUUCGGGAACAAAUGAGCCACUCUUCCCGGUCUCCAACUCGACGAGUUUGGGCACUAUCAGUCUCUCGACAAUCGUUUCAUGGAGGCCAGAUCCUGAGCCAUGGACGAGCUGGCCAACAUUGAGUCUCACGAAUGAGCCAGGUAUCUCCACAUGGACUGUAAAUAGCGAGGUUUCAGAAUGGACGUCGGACACUCGAACCACCACCAAGUCUUUGACUCCUACUUCAGUAGAGCCAAGCAUGUCCCACUCUUCUGCUCACAACCUCAGCAGUGCAACCUCGGGGUCAACCUCUUAUACUCGUACCACAACUGUGACCCUCACAGCCACUUUGGAAGAGUCCAGCACGUCCCCGUCCACGAGUGGCAACAGGAGCAGUGCAGCCUCAGAGUCCAAUUCAUAUACUCGUACAACAACCGUAUUCCGCACUACGACUUUGGGAGGGCCAGGCGCGUCAUCAUCUGCCCUCAACAGCUCAAGCAGUCGUGAUUCCUUGCCAACCUCAUACACUCGUACUACGACAUUGACUCUUACAACUACUUUGGCAGAACCCCCAACAUCUCAAAUAUCUGGGGCUGCAGUUACAGAUUCAUCAGUUUCCACAUGGGCUGACGUAACCUCCAAGGUCACUGACUUAACGAGCACAGAGACUAUCUCAUUGGCCACUGUUACAUCGUCGCUCUCCGGAACACUGACAACUUUCUUGACAACUGGUAGCGCAAAGGGGAUAUCGACCAGCCUUGAGAGUUCCGCCUUGGCACCAAUCCCAGUGGGUAACUCAACUCUAUCACAGGCUUCUGGGAGAGCAUCUUCGGGAAUUGAUACUUUGACGGGCACACACUUGUUGACUGGCUCAGCGGGAACAGCUACUCCAUGUGAAUCUACGUCUACUAGCUCAUCGACCUGUACGGAAUCAGUGUACGACGCCCCGACCCAUACAGCCAUUCCAGCUAGCACCGAUUGCUUGACUGCAACGAAUCGACCAGACUUAUCGCUGUCAUACGUAUCGGCAGUAACAGCCACUGAAGACGUCUCAUCGACCUGCAACACAACAAGCAGCACGGUGCAUUGGUUGAACAUGACUCACACAUUUGGUGUAAAAGAUACUGAAACGAGCACCUACCAGCCGCUUACAACCUUGCGGACAGUCACAAAAGCGCAGACUGAAGAAGGAUCGGGAUCGGCUGGGGACGAUUAUCCUACGCCCACAGACAGGUCCCCCGAGGAUCCCAACUUUCCAUGGGGCAAUGACUCCCCAAUCCAUCGUCAUCAGAACUCGUCUGAGCUUAGCCCUGGCGAAAAUGACGGCGAUGGCGAUGGAGGUCUGAGCAAGAGAAGCAGCUGGCGCCUGCGGUGGGAGAAUGUCAGAGACAAACUGGAAGGUCUCUGGCGUGGACAGGCUUUGAAGUCGGAAGACUAA